AUUAGACCAUUAGCUUUGGAACGUGUCCACCGCCGGCCGUCUCGAUUCUGUCCGUGCGGCGCAGUGCUCAUGCAGUUGGUGGUUUGUCGCUCAUUGAAAUGUGAUAUGUUGCAUCCUGGGUUUCAGCUCUUGGGCUAAUUUGCUAUGUACGAUUACGAUUGGUAUAGCUCGUUGGGCGAGAGGAUUUCCUUGGUUUUUUGCACGAAACUGAGAUUCUGAUCCGAAGACUGACCUGCUACUUGGCUGGUCGACGACCUACUUGGUGCGGACUAGUACUGAUGUAUCUGCAUACCUUUGCGGUUCAGAAGUGAGUACUGAAAUCUGGCUACGAGGGAGCUGUGCGUAAUUAGGAACGAGAAUGGGGUUCGUCUCGAAUGGGCUGGGGAUGAUGAACCUGGCAGAGGCACUUCGUCUGGCUGAGCGCGGGGCUAUCAAAUCUAAAGAAGCACCUAAUCUGGACAACGUGUUAACCAUAGCGCUUGUAGAUGCACAAGCUAUACACGUAAAGGAAGCAUGGCGAAGGGUCUUGGAUGGAGACUUUCUCGAUCCAUCUCGGAAGUUAGCGAAGCUUGUUUCAACAGACUCGGAUAUACAGCCGCAAGCUGUUGGACAUGCACUCGUGCUGGCAUGCCGUGAGGGGUAUCUUAUUUGCGUGCGCGCUCUUCGAGAGCUUCAGAACCAGCACUGCAGCGGAAGUUUGUUGGUGGCCCUAUUCAAUGCGUUUGGGAUCGUGAAAGCUGCCGAGGCUGGGAACGUCGAAGUGGUGCAGGAGCUUUUGCGGCCAAUGGUGUCGGCGAGCACGGCGAUGAUGGGAUACAUGCUGGCUACCAAUUGGAAGGAUAAGGAAGGCUCUGAAUAUUACCCUUUUGUUGAGAAUCCAGAGAACCCGCCAGAUAGUUAUUGGAUUCAGAAGCUGUGGUCGAUGAAGAUGAUGCUCCCUACUGCGAUGCCGUGUUUCAAAGUGGGGUGGGACUUGCGUUCACUGUCGGGCUCUGGCGAACACCAUAACGAGGUAAUCCGUUCGUGCUACAGGACGUACUUAUUGUGGAGAUUAUCAGUAAUUGCAGCUUCCCAAUGUCACGCCGACGUUUUCAGGAUUUUGCUGAAGAGGAGAUGGCUGGAUAACCUCUUUCUCAAGGAAACGCUGUCUUUCUUCAUCGACUGCCCCGAAAGCAGCGACAACCCUGCCUUGGACCAGGAAUUGAAGAUGAUUAUCGCCAACCGGGCAAAGAUGGACAUGCUCGCGUACCAAUUGGUGGAAGAGUACAGCACGAAGAAUUAUCACGACGCCAUGCUGUACACACUCUGGAAGUGCUGUGUUAGUAAACAGACUGGGAAAGACGUGGGGAAGCCCAAGUGUAAAUAUGAGGGGGCCAACGGAUUCUGGGAAAUCAAACUGGAAGUGCCGGUGCUGAUGAUGCCUGUUGAGUCUGCCGCUACGGAUGAAGAGCCGAGGGACCGGUACAAGCACUUGACGAUACUAUAUGGACAGACAGCUGAAUUGAGCAUUCAGCUCCUGGCAACAGUCGUAUCCCAUACAGACUUUUUACAGGUAUCAGUUGCUGUGAAGCAAGUACGAUUCAAGGCAGAUAAUUCUCGUUGGGAUGAAGAAGCAAUGGGCCAUUUCCCCACUCGAGUGAGGGUGUCAGUGUUGCCUCUUACUAACGAAGGUUCAAGCGUGACUUUAACUAACUCGUCCUCGAACAACGAGUACACGGUUGGAAAAGGAGAGAGCCUCACCCUUGGAUCUAGUGCCACGAAUGCUGGCAAGGCGGGUCUCGGAGCCGGUUUCAGUGUCGGUGCAGGGCAAGUGUCAAGUAUCCUGAUGAAGAGCAAGCCAUGGAGGUUUGAGCAGGUUCCAUUGCCGGAUGACGAUCGUGGAGGCAGCUUUCAGUGGACACUGCAAGCCCUGAAAGGAGUUCCAUUUGACAGGUUCAACCCUAUUCGCAUGGCGGAUUCUAACUCUAUGUGGAGGUGGGGAAGGCGAGUGACUAGUAAUCCCUUGGAUGGGCUUCCGUUCACAAGUGAAGGUGGGGUGCAAUUUACUAGCGGCGAAUUUUCUGAUACCAUGAUGUGGCGGUUUCCUAAGAAGAGGGAGGGAAGGAAAUUGAGGUGGAGGAUUGAGGGGGAAGUUUGCAUGACGUAUACCACCAGUCGCUACUUUGAGACCCGCAAAGCCCAGUUUUGCGGCGAGAUCGAAGAGCCACUGGUUGCUGCGAAGCCUAAUUUUGAGACCAAGAUGAACGACUUCAAGGAGGAAGUUGAGGAGUUGCUCGGCUUAGCGGAGCCAGGCACGAAGAUCAAGCCUCAGAAUGAACCGUCACUGACGAAAUUCAAUACGACUGUAAAGAAACAGUUCCUUGAAUGGUUAGAGUUCAGGAAGGAGCUGGAAGAAAUGCAAGGGGGGUUGAGUCUCAUGAAAGGCACUAAGGAAAGCCCGUUGAAGACAGAGGAUAAGAUCGAAGAAGGUACGGAGAAGGAAACAGAGAAGGUCACGAAACCAGAAGAGGUUGUGAAGGCAGAAUUGAAGGAAGAGGCAAUAUCCCUGUCUUCAGUCGAAAACCACAGACCAUCCUCUAAACCGAGUUUAGUGCGACUCAAAGCCAGUAAGGGGGCGGGUGACUUUGACACGGCAGAAGAAACUGAGAAGCCAGGGACAGAAAGGGUCGAAGAAACAGUGUCAGAGAUCAAGACUAAAGUAAGCCUCCAUCACAGAAGGGGGCUGAGUUACAUCCCCCCGGAGGAAACUGUUGCGGCGCCCUCCGUUGUUUCUCACCGUCGACGAUCGAGUUACAGUGAAUCACCUCUAGAGGAAGCACCGCAGGCUUCCGUUGCCCGUUCUAGCCGAAGAGGACGGAACUAUGACUAUACUCCUCCACAGGAAGCACCGCGAGAAUCCUCUGCUACUACAGCAGUCGCACAGGUAUCCUCCUCGUUAGUACGCAGACAGCUGUCGGUGGUAAAACCUAGAACAAGGAAACAAUUUAUGGACACAUCCGAAGAUGCGCCCAUCGUAUAUCUUUCACCAUCCUCCUGGUCUACAAAUAAAUCAUUGGAGGACGAGAACAUCUCAGACACUCCUCUCUCCCCCUCAAGGAGUCUUUCUCCGCCUGCACCAGACACCCUUUCUUCCAUCACAGAAGCUCAUCAGGUGAUCUCUGCCCCUUCCCUGAUCCGACUUAAAGCCAGCAAGGGCAAGCUCCGACACUAACUUAUUAGUGUCGCCUACUUCAAAAGGAUGUCAUUGGUGCUGGAUGCAUGCAUACACGGCGUGGAAUGAAGAAGCAAUCGAAGCUGUUGCGAUCAGUCCAUCGCGACGUAAGAUCCAGCUCGCAAACUAAACUUGAAGCUUGAUCUCUACGUUAACUAUGCUGGUAGAUGUGUUUCAAUCGACUGCACUUUGCUCCGCUGGCUUUCGAAAAAAGAGCGUAUAAGCAAGCACCUAUGGAGCAUCACAUAGCUUCCACGCGCGUGACAAAUCCCCGAAGCGUCUUGCUCCGAAUGUGGAUAUCCCGAAUGCUCAAACAUGAUAUCUUCAAUUUGGUUGCGAUUGGUACUCUAAAUAGAACCCUGCUUGCUCAUGUUCAACUUCUGAAUCCUGCAGCUCUAGUUUUUCAGAAAAUGGCUGCCACCAGAAUAACUGUUGCAAGUUAUACGAUGCAAUUGUGUAAAUCACUAGAAAGAAGCAUUUUCCUUCUGGUCGUGGUAGGAAGAUAUUAAGGGAAGAACUAUGGUACAUAGAACUUGGGUUGCGGAGAUGAUGUGGUUUGAGAAUGCACUACAGCAUGAGCACUCAAGUCUAGUUACUGUGAUGUAAACAUUAAAAGUUUUCUAAAUGCACUGGAAGUGUAUUAUGGGUUCUGGCUCUGGAGUGAGCUUCUCAAGCCUUGUGAAGGUUAUGAAGAGCGGCACCGAUUCGAAACUUGGGGUGGUGCCUCUCGGAAUAGAGGCCGUAGUUGUUCAGAUAUUGGUGCUUGGCCUCGCUUUCUCUCUUCAUGAAGCUUAACCAGUUACCAGACAACACUCAGAUUAAGACUUUCUAUUGCAGUCUGUCUUUCGCCUUACAAUGGCAAGGUUUUCUUGUUGCUUUAUCUUUGGCGUAAGGAGAACACUUUCAGUGGUUCUGAACACA